AUGGGGAGAAAGAAGAAGAAGCAGCUGAAGCCCUGGUGCUGGUACUGCAACAGAGACUUCGAUGAUGAGAAGAUCCUGAUUCAGCACCAGAAAGCAAAACACUUCAAAUGUCACAUAUGUCAUAAAAAACUGUACACAGGACCAGGACUAGCAAUACACUGUAUGCAGGUGCACAAAGAGACAAUAGAUGGGGUUCCAAAUGCGAUACCAGGCCGAACAGACAUAGAGCUGGAAAUCUAUGGCAUGGAAGGCAUUCCAGAGAAAGAUGUGCAAGAACGAAGACGGGUACUUGAACAAAAAUCUCAAGAAAGCCAGAAGAGAAAACAGAACCAAGACGAUUCAGAUGAGGACGAGGACGAAGGCGAAGCCGGGCCUUCGUCGUUUCAGCAGGCGGCCGCCCAGCCACAGGCAGCCUACAUGCCCCCAAUGGCGCAGCCUGGUGUGCCUCCUGUAGCAGCUGGCUUGCCUCCCGCUAACUACUCAGGUAUGCCUCCUAUGAUGCCCGGUGUCCCACCAAUGAUGCCUGGAAUGCCCCCAGCUAUGCCAGGCUUGCCACCAGGAAUGAUGCCAAUUGCAGGAAUGAUGCCCCCAGGGCCUGGAAUGCCCCCCAUGAUGCCAGGCAUGCCUCCAGGUAUGCCCCCUCAAGUAGCCCGGCCUGGGAUGCCCCCGAUGGCACCAGCAGCCCCUGUCAUGGCUCCAGGAGUACCAGCCAGACCCGCGGGACCUGUAGCCCAGUCCGCUGCUGCCAAACCUCUUUUCCCUAGUGCUGUUCAGGCUCAGCAGACGGUGUCUGGUCCCCCCUCCACCAGUGCUGAGCCCCCUAAACCGACAUUUCCAGCCUACACCCAGCCCUCCGCUACCUCUUCACCCGCUGGCCCUGCCAGCAGCACUGUGGCCAAGCCCCCUGCCACAGUGUCCAGCAAACCAGCCACGCUGUCCACCAGCAGUGCUACCAGUAAGUUGAUGCACCCUGAUGAGGAUAUCUCGCUGGAAGAGAGGCGAGCUCACCUGCCUAGGUAUCAGAGAUUAAUCCCUAGGCCUGGGCCUGCUGCUGCUGCAGCAGUCAACUCUAACAAAGUGGGUGGUCCGAUGCCCCCUCAACAGCAACCUGUUAGGCACCCCAUGCAUGGUCAGUAUGGUGCACCUCCUCAGGGCAUGCCAGGUUAUAUGGCAGGUGGGAUGCCUGCAUAUGGUCAAGUGCCGCCAUACCAGGGUGGCCCCCCCAUGGGCAUGAGACCGCCCGUCAUGUCUCCGGGCAGCCGAUACUGAUGCAGCACUGCAGGCUGACCGGUUUGGAGGUGACCCACCUUUUCUCAUGUAGAGUGCUGUUUGUAUAGCCAAGCAAACCAAAAUAUCCAUCCACAGACGAAGACAACACCACAUGGGACAUUUUGACACACUAAGAAUUAAAAGGAAUGGAACGGUAUCGAUGUUGCGGUUGAUACAUGUGGCUUUUUUUCUUAUUGUGUUUUAUUCAGGUUGUACAAGUACAGUGUUUUAAACAGUGCUUCAUAAUGUUUUGAGGCCGCUGCCGUAAGCGUAUCGACAUUUCUUCAAGGCAAGUCCCCCGUAAUAAUGAUACUUAUUUUGCUUUGGUUCUUAGCCUGUGAAGCCUUCGCAGCAUGUUAGCGUGCUGUUGGACUUCAUGUCCCCAUCGUUUGAUUGGUGAGGGCUUCAGAAUGUCCUGUGUUUGUGUAUCAUUUUUUAAUUCAGGGUGUAAACUUCAGUAAAGGUAAAAAUGGGUGUAUGUUUGGAGACUUUUUGUUUUUUUGGAGCACAGACUGUAAUAAAACCUCUUAAUUUCA